AUGCCUAUGAACCUGCUGGAGUUGGAGCCAGCGACGACGUUGCAUUUCUGUAAGACGCCAACGAAUACGUCGCCCAAUAGGAAACUCAUGCUGAUCAACAAGACCAGCGGUUAUGUCGCCUUCAAGGUGAAGACCACGGCCCCGAAGUCCUACCUGGUCCGGCCGAGCGCUGCGACCCUGGGGCCUCACAGCAGAGAGGAGGUCACCAUCAUCCUGCAGCCACCGGGAGAAGGCCAGAACCACCGUUUCUUGGUUCAGGCGGUUCAAGUCAAUUCAUCACAGCCCGUCAAUCGAGAAGAGUGGAGCCAAUUCAAGAAGGAGCAGAUCGAAGAGCAGCGUCUAAACGUCGUCCUCGAGGAAUUCGAGUCCGAACCUGCGGGGACUCACGAGAACUUCGGUUUCGGGUCUGGACCUGUGUCCGAUGCCAGAGCGGCCGGGGAGGCUCCUGCGGACCUGCAGGUGAAGUAUGAUGAGUUAGUGCAGUACACUCUCAUGCUAGAGAAGCAGAAGAAGAAAUUGGAGGCUGAGUGGCUGGUGGAGGUCAUCGACAACACUGACAGACUGGGGGAAGAUGACGACGACGACGAGCCAGAGUACUUGCAAUUUAAGGUCAUUCUCCUGGGCGACGGCGCCGUCGGCAAGACCUCUCUGGCAACUAGGUUCUGCGAGGAUCACUUUGCAAAGCAAUACAAGCAGACCAUAGGCCUGGACUUUUUUGUGAAGCGGGUGGUUCUCCCGGGCGACAUUCAUGUUUGCUUGCAGAUCUGGGACAUCGGAGGGCAAUCCAUCGGCGGGAAGAUGCUCAGCAACUAUACCUACGGUUCCGGUGCUGUGGUGCUUUGCUACGACAUCACCAACUAUGCAAGUUUUCAGCACUUGGAGGACCUGAGGGAUGCUGAAGGACCUGAGUUAUCUACAUCCUGCAAGACAGCCAUGCAAGACAGAGAGGAGGAGCGCUGGGACCAGCUCAGAGGACCCAAGGACAUCCACCGCUGUGGAGAUUCAGGGACUUUCCGAAGCUGUGUGCAUCAGCCGGAGGCCAUGAGCCCGUGGGCCUCGGAUGGUUGGCAAACCGAAGCUUCCGAGUCUGGACACUGA